CAGUGUCGCUGUCGACACGACGCAGUUCUGAGAACGGGCUUUUUAGUUUAAUAACACUAGACUCUGCACUAGAUAAGUAAAUCAUUUUUUCCCACUAAACAAAACGGUAUACCAACAAAACAUGAACAUCUCUGAUGAACAUGAAUAAAAUAGUGGUUUAUUUAAAUUCCUAUUUCUCUUUAACAUAAUAAUAUCUGAAACUUUCGUAUAAUGUUGAAUUGAUAUUAUAUCAUUAUAUCCUGGACCUGGAUUUUCUGGAUGAACAAUUCUGGCAGCGAACCUAAUAAACCUAUACUAACAACCCUCUCAAUAUUCUUUUUAAUUUUUUUAGUGUUUUUAAUAUGCAGCAAUGUUUAAUUUAAUAAUUGACUAUGCCCAUUGUCCUGACCGUUCAUUAACGCGUUCAUAACUAAAAUUUGUAGAGCCGUUCUAUAAAUAAACUUAGUAUGGAUGAUUUUAGGUAAUAGUUUUGUGCUGAAAAUAAUUUAAAGAAAUGGCUUUACUUGGUGCUCAAUUAGUCAUAACUCUUAUUAUGAUAAGUGUUAUUCAGAAAUUAGGAGCACAUUUUUCUUUUGCAAAAUGGUUAAUGUGCUCUACAGGUUUAAUAAGAUAUCUUUAUCCAACAAAUGAAGAACUACGCCAAUUAGCUAAUAUACCAAAAGAUAAAAAUAAAGGAAAGAAAACCAAAAACUAUAAUGAAAAAAAUUCUGAGACUUUUCACAUUGAUAGAUGUUUGGAUGUUCAGUUAGAGACUGCUAAAGUUUGUUAUAUGGAUAUUAUACAUUUAAAGUUUUACAGUGAAUAUCAAUGGCUUGUUGAUUUUUCUCUAUAUGCCUUUGUUGUAUAUAUUAUUACAGAAAUAUAUCAGUUAUGGUUUCCAAUUAGAGAUGAAGUAAAUUUAAGUAUGAUUUGGUGUUUGCUUGUAAUUCUGUUUGCGUUCAAACUUCUACUAAGUUUAACUGUUCAGUAUUUUAAAGGGGAAGAAUCUAUAGGAGAAAGAUCAACCUGUAUUGUUAUGGGUUUUAUGUACUUGUUAGUUGCGAUGAUAGUAUUAAUUAUAGAUGAAAAUACACUUGAAAUAGGAUUAGAGAAUGCAUAUAAUUGUUUUAAUGAAAGUGCAACAACAUUUUUAAAUAAGCAGGGACUUUAUUCUUCAGGUCCUGCGUCAAAAAUUUUUAUUAAAUUUUGUGUAGCCAUUUGGUGUUCGACACUAGGAGCUGUGUUGACUUUUCCUGGUAUAAGAAUGGCUAAAAUGCAUUGGGACCUGUUAAGGUAUUUCAAAGAAAAUAGGGUUAAACAAAUACUUCUUAAUAUAAGUUUUGCUUUACCAUUCAUCAUAGUUAUAUUAUGGAUAAAGCCAAUUUCAAGAGACUAUUUAACUGUUCGAAUAUUUUCUGGAAGAAAUAUGCCACUUUUAUCAGAUAAUAAUUUUGAAAUAUUAAGACUGAUAAUAAUAAUUUUUACUGUUUGCGUAAAAGUCUAUCUUAUGCCAUGGUAUCUGCAAGCAUAUUUAGAUAUGGCUUAUCAUAGAACUGAAGACCAAAAAAAGGAAGCAGGACGGAUCACAAAUAUUGAAUUUCAAAAAAAGAUAGCAGCGGUAUUUUAUUACUUAUGUGUCGUAGCUCUCCAAUACCUGGCUCCCCUAAUAAUAUGUCUCUAUUUUACUUUUAUGUAUAAAACUUUAGGGGAAUUCCAGUGGAAAUGGUUAAUUGACAGUAAUGUAAAUAAUACAAACGUCAUCUCUUCAGGAACUGAGGAAAAGUAUCCUACAUCGAGAAGUUUUGUACAAAAGGAAGAACCAACUGAAGAUUUGUAUUUGACAUUGGAUAGUUUAAAAUUGGAGCUACAGAUGCCCGACGCACUAUUGCCGGACCCUGUAGAUACCCGACGCACCGUGUAUACCCUGUUUACCAAUUAAAAAUGUUUGUCAAGUACACGAGACGUGAGAAUGCGCCUUAAGAUCUUUAAUGCGGGUGUGUAUAAAGGCAUUUUUGGAUUUGCAACUUGGUGGACCUGUUUCUCGUAUUUUGCAACGACAUCUGUUGGUCUCAUUUAUCAGUCCUAUUUUUCAAGAAAUUAAAUUAAGUAACAAGUAAUUCAUACCAUUUCUGUAAGAAGAGAUUUUCAGCAAAACAUGAAGAGAUCUAUGAUUUAAGUUUUUAAGUUUAUAUAAUACGGGUUGUUAAGUUUUUGAAUAUUUUUAUUUAAGUAAUUUUUAAAUGUUUAUAGGAAAUCCUUUCAAUAUUUUGUGACAAUAAUUUGUUUUUGUAUCAAUAUACAAUAAAUGUUAAUAUUUUGAAAUA